AUGCCAUAUGCUAAUCAACCAAGUGUUCAAGUAUCUGAAUUAACAGAAGAUAAUAUAAAAUUUAUUAUUGAAAAUACAGACUUAAGUGUAGCUAAUGCUAUACGUCGUACUAUGAUAGCUGAAACACCAAUAAUGGCUAUUGAUUCUGUACAAAUUGAUUCGAAUACAACAGUUUUAUUUGAUGAAUUUCUUGCACAUCGUAUUGGUUUAGUUCCUUUAUAUAGUGAAGAAGUUGUUGAUAAAAUGAAUUAUCAUCGUGAUUGUUCUUGUGAAGGUUUUUGUCCUCAAUGUUCAGUUGAAUUUACAUUGGAUGUAAAAAAUCGAGAAGGACAAACUAGAAAUGUUACUUCAGCUGACUUUGUUACAAGUAAUCCACAUUUAGUACCUGUGACAUCUAAAGCAAAAAAUGAUGAUGAUGGACGAGAUACUUUUGUAGAUCAUAUUCUCAUUGUAAAACUUCGACAAAAUCAAGAACUUCGCUUAAAAGCUUAUGCAAGAAAAGGUUUUGGUAAAGAACAUGCAAAAUGGAUUCCAACUUGUGGUGUUUCAUUUGAAUAUGAUCCAGAUAAUGCUCUUCGUCAUACAGUUUAUCCAAUACCUGAAGAAUGGCCACAUUCCGAAUAUACUGAAUUAUCGGAUGAUAGAGCUGAAGCAACAUUUGAGCCAGCAAAAGUUCCAAAUAAAUUCUAUUUUAAUGUUGAAUCUGUUGGUUCAUUGAAACCAGAAACUAUACUUUUAUCUUCGUUAAAUGUUCUUAAACAAAAAUUAAGUAAUUUACAAACAUUAUUAAAACAUGAAACAUUCGAAGCAUUAUAA